AUGACUAAUAAGACUGAUCAAAUUGAGAUUUCAACCCUUGGUAAAUUAGCUGCUCAUGUCCCUGAUAUCAUUGUGUAUGGAGAUUUUGCUCAGGAACUGCCUUUUAUUGAAAGCUUUGAUGGUGUUUUGCUAUUUAUGGACAUUUCAGGUUUCACAGCUCUGACAGAAAAGUUUAGCAUGAACACCAGCUUGGAUCGUGGUGCUGAUGAAUUAACACAGACCCUUAAUCACUAUAUGGGUGACAUUGUUGAAGGAUUUGUUCUCUUAUUUCCAGGUGAUGCACUGUUGGCGCUCUGGAAGGUAGAGCGUUGCCAUUUAAAUGAGAUUAUUACUCUGGCACUGAAAUGUAGUUUCAGCAUCCAGCAAGAAUAUGGUGUUCGUGAUACUGAAGUGGGACUUGAGCUACGAGUGAAGAUAGGAGUCUCUGCAGGUCACAUCUCUAAAGUUGUCAUUGGUGAUAACAGACGACAACAUUUUGUGGUAACUGGUCGAGCAGUGGAAGAAGUACGGUUGGCCCAAAACUUAGCCAAAGCAAGUGAAAUUAUCAUGUCCCCCAACUGCUGGGAGCUCUGUGAUCGGAACUUAAUUGAGGUAGAAAAAAUUAAAAAUGAACGAGCUGUCAAGGUUGGUACCUUCUUGGGUAAGAGUCCAUUUUGCUUUCUGCUACACUGCAAUGCUGUCUCUCUGGCGCAGCAGGCUGUUCUCCUGGCCAGUCUGGUGGCCAGUUGCGAGCUGCACCAGCAGUGGGUCUCCACCUGCACUACCAUUGGCUUAGGUGCUGGCCAGUCCCGCAGUCUUAGUUGUGAGCUAACUGCAGCUUUCAAUAAACUGCUAUGGAAAACUGGAUGUACUUUCCCUAACAAGACUAGCGCUUGCUUUAUAUUCUCCCAACCCAGCUAUAGCAAUUCCAUCCAUUUGGCCAGGGUCAUUGACGAUGGCAACUCUCAUGGCAGCUCGGGCAUGGGGACAAAUUCCUUGCUGCUAGUGACAUGUAAGGAGGUUAAAUACAUUCGAAAUGUUCCUGACUUUGAUACAAAUGAAUUCUUCGACAGAUGUGCAGAGUACCUGAAUCAGAAUCACAUUUGUGACAGUUUUGAGGUUUUGAGAAUAGCCUCUGUGUUGGGUCCAGAUGAAGAACUUGAAAAACGUUUGCGAAAAUAUGUGAUGAAGAAUGUCCUGAAGAAGAUAGAUGAUAACCAGCCGGUGGAGUAUUUGUCAGAGCUACGUCCUGUUACUGUUGUUUUUGUGAAUAUGCAGUUUGAAGAAAAUGCCAAUACGAACCAUGUGUGUAAGGCUAUCCAAGAUGCCAAUGAUAUGAUUGCUGGAACAAUAUUGCCCGUUAGUGGUAACAUUAAUAAAGUCUUCAUGUUUGACAAAGGCUGCACUUUUCUUUGCCUCUUUGGUCUUCCUGGUGAUAAACAAGCAGAUGAAAGCACGAAUGCUCUUGACAGUGCCCAUAAAAUUCAUGCUUUCUGUUCCAAAGAACUUAUGAAAGUAAAGAUUGUUUCUAUUGGGGUCACUGCUGGGCCAGUUUUCUGUGGAGUGGUUGGUCAUCGGGUGAGGCAUGAAUAUACAGUGAUUGGACGAAAAGUUAACCUUGCUGCACGGAUGAUGAUGUUUUAUCCAGGAUUAGUAAGCUGUGAUGCCCUCACUUAUUCCAAAUCUAAACUGCCGCACUACUUCUUUGAAGAGCUCCCAUUAAUUGAGAUGAAAGGUGUUGUGAACCCUGGAACAGUCUAUCAAUUUCUUGGUAUUACAGAAAAAGCGUUCUGCUACAUCCACUAUCUAGACUUUUUGGAUGUCUCUCUUAUCGUCUGGGUUGUGGCAAUGGAGCUGACAAAGAUAAAUGCAUGGCAAAACUUCUUUGCUGUCCGGACACUGAUGGCAAUGUUCCUGGGGGUGGAUGUCUGUAAAACCUAUGAUGCAAGGCAGUAUGUCAUUCUGAGCAAGUUGCGUGGAAUUUUAGAAGAACAAUAUCUUUGCCUUUUGAACAACCUUUUUCAUGUUAAGGCAGCAGAAAAGGAAGUCAUCAUUUUUGCAAUUGAUGAAGCUCAAUAUAUUGAUAAAGCCUCUUGGGAUUUCCUGGAUAACUUACUUAAAAGUGUUCCGAUCUUUAUUGUUAUGGCUUUGUCUCCUCUCAAUCACAAGGGACGAAUACUUUGUUCUAGUGCAGCCCAAAUCCUGAAUAGUCCAAACACAACUUUUAUUCGGCUAAGGGAAUUAAGUCCUUCAGUAAUUAUUCAGAAAGCCUGUCAAGAUCUUGGAGUGGUCAGAAUUGCUCUGGCUGCACUGGACAACAUGAAUCCUUCAGAGCAGAUGGUGGUGAAAUGUGCAGCUGUCAUUGGUGUGACAUUUGCUACAGAUAUGCUGCUUUAUAUCCUCCCAGAAUGGACAAAAAGGAAGAUGUACCAGACUCUGGCAGCACUGGUGGAAUCCCGUAUCUUUAAGAGUGGUAGUAAAAGAAAAGAAGUGAAUGCAAUGCGGCGUAUGUUAUCUAAAGAGUCCAGCAUCAGGAAUAGUGAAUUGAAAUCACAAAGGGAAGAAUCAGAUCUUGGAUCAGUUAUUUCCAAUAGGCUCGAGCUAGAAGAGACUGUGAUGCAUUGUAAAAUCAUGGAGUUUUGCACACCACUGUUGCAAGAAGCAGCUUAUGAGCUGUGGCUUAAGAAUCAGAAAAAAGCCUUGCAUUUCAAAUGUGCCAAUUACCUGAAGUGGCUAGCUCACCGAUGCAAGUGUUGUGGGGAAGGUGAUUUCAUUCCUUAUCAUCGGUAUGCAGUAGAUGGCAUGCUUCAAAAAUUCUAUUCACAGGAUUAUAAAAUUAAGACUAUCAAAGAGGAAGUGUUGAAUGAGGCUGCUUUGAUCCUUGUUUCUGAAACCCUAAAAAAAUUGGAGGCAUCCCACCAGGAAGUGAGGGAAUUGCUGGUAUUUGGGGAUUACCAUAUAGAAUACAGAAAUGAAUACUUCCUGUUCUGUUAUUCUUAUUUGGCCUUUACAUAUCUGAAUACAGCAGAGAACCUCUUGAGACCUUCGGACUACAAGCAUAAACUCAUUAGCCAAUUUGAGGUGUCUGUUUUGUACAGCCUGAAGGGAGAGGUCUCUUACAAUAUGGGUCAAAUUACUUCUGCAAAAAAACUAAUAAAGAAGGCUUUGAGCUUACUGAAGAAAAGCUUCCCAAUAACUGUUGUAGGAGCCUUUUGCAUGUUUAUGGUGGAAACCUCCAAACAUUUGUCUCAUCAGAACAAACAAACUUUAUGGCAAAUAUCCAGUGGCAGGGAGAAGAGACUAGCAGCUCUGUUCCAGCAAAGUCACUGCCUUUCCCUGCUGUGGCAGCUCUUCAAUCUGGAUGUAGCCGGAAGUAGGAAAACGUUCACGCGUUUGGCAGCCCUCAUGCAGGUGAACUGUGCAGAGGAGUCUCAAGAUGAAUCUCAGAUAAUCUCAUCCUAUAUGGAUUUCUCCCUCUGCUAUCAAAUGAUGGGCUGCCAACAUGAAUGGAUGAAGUAUGAGUUAAUGGCCAUCAAACGUAGUUCUCAUCUUCAAGUUGUUGGAGGAGGCUUACUGACAAUUGCUAAACUAGCAUCAUCAUUGUCUUACAUGAAGCUUUGUUUGGGGAACAUACCUUUAGCCAUCCAACUGGGUUAUCGUGCACACGAGUUAUAUGAGCAGCUGAAGAGACCUAACCUUGAUGCUACUGUGCUCCAUGACAUUUUCAAAGCUCUUUAUCUUAGCACCAGGUUAGAUCUCUCCUUGCCGAUCUGUACUCAUCUACAAGGCUACUUGGGGUUUCUGCUGGAACAAAAUCCAACAGGAUAA